GCAGGCACUCGUCCGCGAAUUUCACUACCGCGGUUGUGGUGGGCGUGGCGGUCACCGCCGUCGCGGGGGUCGCGGUCGCCGUCGCGGUUGGGGGCACUGGAUUCUUGAGCGAUCGAGAAUGGAAUGGAACUGGAUGAAUGAAUUUCCUGGGAUUGCUUUCCUUGUUCCUGGAGCUCUUUGCUGCCUUUGUUCCCACAGAUGUGUGGAGAUGUGGCGGUGUUGAGACCACUGGACAUGGGGCAAGGCAAUGCUCACAGAAGAAACCAAGCUUAUUGCAAGCCUUACUAUUUCUCCUCCAAGAGGGGGCCGUUUCGAAAGCGAUGGAGGCGAAGGCGGCAUCACCCCCUCACCCAGCAGCAAUGGGAGGAUUUCUUCGGGGAUGAAGGCCGUCUCUCGAAUAACAGCACCGAAAAGCUCAUUCACAAAGUUCGCUGGGGGGGCAUAGAGCCAGGAAUUCGAGCUCAAGCGUGGCCAUUUCUGCUUGGAAUAUACGAGGUUGAUAGCACCGAGGCAGAAAGAAAGGAACAAGAUGCGAAGCUAAGGAAGGAAUACGAAAAGAUACGAAGCUACUGCCAAGAAAUCAAGCAAUCACUCACGUCCAGAAGAGAAGGAGAGCAUCAACAAGAUGGCAUGGAAGAACAAGCAGAAGAAGAACACAAACUCAUGCCAUUCUCCGAGAGCCAGAUCGAAGCAUUCAGCAGCAUCAACGACAGCAGCGCGUUCUGGAAGAAAGGACCCAAGGCAGUGGACGACAUAGUUACCUGGCAAAGGAUCAUCCGCCUGGACGCCGUCCGGAUGAACGCCGAGUGGGUUCCAUACUCUCCGUCCCAGGCCAACGUGAGCGACGAGGAGACGUCCAAAGUAGCCCGCAAGGCCGGCCUGUCCGACGACGAGCACCUGGAAACUUGCCGUCGCUACCACGCCGCCAGGCUCGUCUCCAUCCUCGAGGCCUACGCGCUCUACGAUCCGGACACGGGCUACUGCCAGGGGAUGAGUGACUUGCUCUCGCCGUUCGUCGCGCUCAUGGACGACGACCACCAGGCCUUCUGGUGCUUCGUGAGCUUCAUGAGGACCGCGCGGCACAACUUCCGGCUGGACGAGGUUGGAAUCCGGCGGCAGCUAAACGGGACCUCGGACAUCAUCAAGGUGGCAGACCCGGAGCUGUACGAGCACCUGGUGAAGAUCAAGGCCGAGGACUGCACCUUCGUGUACCGGAUGGUGGUGGUGCUGUUCCGGAGGGAGCUGACUUUCGAGCAAACGAUAUGCCUGUGGGAGGUGAUAUGGGCGGACUCGACGGCAAUGAGGACGGGCAAGGGACUGGGAGAGGCCCAGAAGAAGAAGAAGGCUCCCCCGACUAAGGACUUGCUGCUCUACACCAUAGCGGCGGCGGUGUGCCGGAGGAGGAAGUUUAUCAUGGAGAACUGCAAAGGGAUGGACGAGCUGCUGCGGGAGUGCAAUGCCAUGGCGGGGAACUUGGACGUGUGGCAAAUGCUGGACGACGCUCGGGAGCUUGUGAGUCGAGUGCACGGGAGAAGGCCAGAGACGCCUACAUGAGAAACGAAUCCUGGUUUAGAGAUAGUAACUGACGUUUACCUCGGGAUAAGAGUCGGGCGGGCUUGUGCAAAGAGCCUGCGGCUUUUAUUUUUCUUCUCACAAUCAUACAGCGCAGUGAUCAAAGGUAGUAUGCCCAAGAAUGUAAAACGAGUCAAGAUACCUUCUUUA